AUGAUUGACAGUGCCAUACUCGCAUCACUUACCCCCGUUCAGACUUCUGUUGAUGCCUUGACAGUGAGAGUCAUUGCUUAUGAGAGCAGACAGGGGGAGGCCUAUGAGGUGACGACUUUAAAAACUGAGAUUGCGACUUUGAGAAAGGACGUAGACUAUCUUAAGUCUACUGACUUCACUUCACUACUAGAGACUGGUGAGGACAGGGAUACUCCUGAGACCUCGGGGAUUCCUCCAGCUACCACCGAAGAUGUGCAGGGGGAUGGCACAGCAUAUGCAGUGUCGAAUGCAGAGACCGAUAAGGAGUUGAUAUCAGUACAUGCUGAGGAGAGCAGAGAAGAGGGCAUAUUCAGAGACUUACCAGAUCUUAUAGAGACGGUUGUGCAGCUGGUGAUCUAG